AAGACUUUCAUAGACAGUCCAGUCCCUCAUUCUCAAGCCUCUUCUCCAAAAACCAAAAAAACCAACUUCCACCUCUUCACAAUGAAGUUCUCCAUUGCUGCCGCUGUCGUUGCUUUCGCCGCCUCCGUCGCGGCCCUCCCUCCUGCCCAUGAUUCCCAGUUCGCUGGCAAUGGUGUUGGCAACAAGGGCAACAGCAACGUCAAGUUCCCUGUCCCCGAAAACGUGACCGUCAAGCAGGCCUCCGACAAGUGCGGUGACCAGGCCCAGCUCUCUUGCUGCAACAAGGCCACGUACGCCGGUGACACCACAACCGUUGAUGAGGGUCUUCUGUCUGGUGCCCUCAGCGGCCUCAUCGGCGCCGGGUCUGGUGCCGAAGGUCUUGGUCUCUUCGAUCAGUGCUCCAAGCUUGAUGUUGCUGUCCUCAUUGGCAUCCAAGAUCUUGUCAACCAGAAGUGCAAGCAAAACAUUGCCUGCUGCCAGAACUCCCCCUCCAGCGCGGAUGGCAACCUUAUUGGUGUCGGUCUCCCUUGCGUUGCCCUUGGCUCCAUCCUCUAAGCUUAUCUCCGAAUACUGGGCCUUGUCCAUCGGGGCUUUCAUACAGCUUGCAGUUGCUGUGUACGGGACUUGGCAUGGUCUUUGAACUGCUGUUGACUAUUUUAUAUUUUUUUCUGCCAUGGCAUUUCCCUAAGAAAGGCUUCUAUGGACUGUCGUCGUGUAUAUGUCAUGGCAUUCAUCUUUAAUUAGACUUGAUUGCUUCAUUACUGCCUA